AUGAUCCGUCACGCUCAGCCACUUCUCAACAACGCCUACAAAGCUGUUUCUGCAUCUGCUCGAACGCUGAUGCUUCAAGAACAUCACGGAAUGGCUGUAUUGAAAUCUGCAAGUAUUAAUGUUCCACCAUUUGGCGUUGCGAAAACCCCUGAAGAAGUUAAAAAACAGGCUGAGAAUAUUGGCGGCAAGGAUUAUGUCGUCAAAGCUCAAGUUUUGGCUGGCGGUAGAGGCAAGGGAAAGUUUGAUUCCGGUCUUCAAGGCGGUGUCCAGAUUGUUUUCACACCUGAAGAAGCCGCGGAAAAGGCAAAAAUGAUGAUUGGUGCUCGCCUUGUCACCAAGCAAACUGAUCAUCGUGGAAAGCUUUGUGAAGAGGUUAUGGUAUGUAAGCGACUAUUUACCCGCCGAGAAUACUACUUUUCUAUCAUGCUUGACAGAAAUACAAAUGGUCCCAUCAUUAUUGGAUCAUGCCGUGGUGGUGUCAAUAUUGAAGAAGUAGCAGCUACUGAACCAGAAGCUAUAGUAAAGGUUCCGAUCGAUAUGGCUAAGGGUGUCACUCCACAAGUUUCUGCAGAUAUUGCUGCGAAGAUGGGAUUCAAGGGAGACUCAGCAAAACAAGCUGCUGAUAUGAUAAUUAAGCUGUAUAACCUUUUCCGAAAGUCUGAUGCUACACUUCUGGAAAUUAACCCUAUGGCUGAAGAUGUUAAUGGUGAUGUCUACUGCAUGGAUUGCAAACUGCUUUUGGACUCGAAUGCUGAGUUCCGUCAGAAAGAACUGUUUUCUCUCAAGGACUCAAAGCAAGAAGACCCGCUCGAGAUUCGUGCGGCCGCUGCCAAUCUCAACUACAUUCGUUUGGACGGGAAUAUCGGAUGUUUGGUAAAUGGCGCUGGGUUGGCAAUGGCUACUAUGGAUAUUAUCAAACUUCAUGGUGGCGACCCUGCAAAUUUCCUUGAUGUAGGAGGUGGUGCCACUGUUGAGCAAGUUACGGAGGCAUUCAAAAUCAUCACGGCGGAUAAGAAGAAGGUUAACGCUAUUUUGGUUAACAUCUUUGGUGGAAUAAUGCGAUGCGAUGUCAUCGCUCAGGGAAUCAUCAAAGCUGCUAAGGAACUUGAUCUCAAAAUUCCAAUUGUUGUUCGUCUUCAGGGAACGAAGGUAGAAGAUGCCAAGGCUUUGAUAGCAACUUCCGAGUUGAGGAUCCUUCCAUGUGAUAACCUCGACGAGGCUGCCAAAAUGGUUGUGAAAUUGUCCGACAUUGUCAAUUUGGCUCGAGCAGCUCAGAUCGAUGUGAAAUUCGAAUUGUCCAUCUAG